AGAACCACAGAAAAUGAGUUGUCCAGACAUUGUAACACACAAAUUGAACAGAGUACCUCAAAAUAUUAAACAAACCUGCAGAAUCCAAAGAACUCCAAAUUCACUAACAACCCUUCCAAGGUGAGCAUUUCUGGCAUCCGCAAUGCUGCCUGCAGGGGCCCUUUGAUGACAACCAACGGACAAGGAAAAGCAAGAAGAGUGCUGUGAUCAGAAGUACAAAAGUAUAAAACUGUUGCCCAGCUUCCACGGUUAUCUCAAACUUGAUGAGAGAUGAAAAACUGAGCAAGAUCAAUGCCACAACUAACAGCAGCAGAACGUAGCAUGGUUGACGAUUACGUGGACUUUUGCAUCUUCCACAAUAGCAGUAGCCCUUCUGGCAGUAACCCAUUGAAGAAGGCCUGGCUUUUCCCUCUUCAGCCAAAGCUUUUCUGAGGUAGUUGGGUUGGGACUACUUGAGCUAAAAAGGAUGAUUCUAAAUCAGUAGAGGGAAAAGUGGGGGAGUGGGGUUUGGUUUGCUUGGUGGUGAUUCAACAUCAUAUAAAGAGGGUAUUUCUUU